CUCACAAAGAAAUCCCCGUUUGGGAAUGUAGGUUGUCUACUCCUGUCUGACAAAUCCGCCGCCAUUACAACGCGAACGAGGAUAAACAGGCUGUAAAGACCUUUUGUAGAUUUUAUAAUACAUAUUUUAUUUUCAUAGCAACAGAAAAUAAUAUAUUCGCCGUAUCUACCUCACCUGAAAAAUGGAUACAGAAAUGAAAGAAAGUGAGACAGAAAAUCAGACUUCACAGGGAGAACCUGAGAAACCUGUGUCUGAAAAUAAGGCUAGUUUCAGGGGUCAUGGAGCAAAACCUCGUGGUAGAGGUGGUCGGAUUGGUCGUGGUGGGAUGCGUGGUGGACGAGGUAUGAUUAAAGGGUUUGGUCCCCCUGGUCGUGGCAGGGGUCGAAUGCAUGAUGGGCCUUUGAAUGGAUUUCCACCUAUGAGGGGAAUGGGAAGAAUGCGACCAUAUCCUGACCUCAGAGGACACCGUGGACGAGGGCCAAUGGGUAUGGGACCACCACCCCUUCCACCUCCUCCAAUGCACCUCAGAGGUCCCUUUCCUCCAAUGCCCAGGCAUGGACCUCCACCGGGACACCCUGGAUUCAGAGGACGUCCCCCACAUCCUCGGGGCCGUGGGAUGCCUCCCCCUGGACCUCCACGCCCCUUCCUCCCACGUGGUCCACGAGGCUACCACAAUGGACCGGUCUCUCCUCCGCCUCAUCCCCCACCUGGCAGAGGCCAGAGGUGGCCAGGGCCUCCUAGUGGCCGACGCUUUUAGCACAGCCUGCCCAAAAUGUUGAAAACGUUACUGUAAAGGGCCUAAUAUGUGCUGUAAAGUAAAUGGCGUGAAGUGUUAUAAAGAUUCUCAAUAUUAUCUGGCCAUAUUUCUAAUGACUGGUAUUGUCUGUUGGUAAAGAAAUACUGUAUAAAAGCUAUUUGGCACAUUACAUGCCUCUGGCAUCUUGCAGUCAUUAGAAUUACAUUUGUAUGUAAUAUUGUUGGUACUGUAGGGACUAUUUGACUACUCCGAUAAACUAAUCUAGUGACUAGUGAUUGAGUAAUAUUUUGUCAAAGUUCAUUACAUGUUUUGUGGUUUUUGUAAGUCACCCUAUAAGCCUUAAAAUGUGAUCUUUCUUUUAAAUAUAAAAAAAAAAAUAAAAUGGGUGACUGUAUAUUUAAAGGUGGGGGACACAAUAGCUCAGCAGCCCUCAAGCAUUCUUGUUAAGUCAUUAAGUUGUUGUUCAGUACACCUUGGACCUUUUUGUUAGCUUUCCAUUUGUUACAUAGAAAAGUUAUGUAUUAUUAGGUCACAGUGCUGCAAACUUUGUUUGAUUCACGCUCACUUUUAUUACAUGAAAAACUUAUUCCAUCUGUAUUACCAGUAUUUUUAACUAUAAUGCAGCUAUUGUGAAGCUAUUUUGAUUUAUGAUAAUUGCUGUUUGUUUGUCUCUAGUAAUGACAAAUAUUAAAGGCAUUAUUACUGAAUAUAUAUAUUUAGUAGUUUUAUAUAAAAACAAGCAAAUUACAUUAGUAAUUGCUUAAGAUAAUGAAAACGUAUAAUUUACAUUCUUGUGUAACCUUUUUUAAAUGUUCACUGUUAUUAAGUUUGUGAACUUGUUCAAUGUGUUUUAUGAAAAUCACAAAGAUAUGACAGUAAUAGUGGAUAAAAAAUAAAAUAAAAAAUAAACUCAACUUCUUCUUUUUAUUUAUUCAGAUAUGAUGGUGCGAGUUCAUGUUGAGAAUGUAGUACAUCUGAAAUUAACAUAUUUGUUGAUGCUAAACAACCAGAUUAUUUAUUUGGUGACAUUCUGAGGUCCAUGUUAAAAACACUACAAAGGUGUACAUAAAUAUUUGAUUUGCAUAUAUCUGUCUACAUUCCACACUCGGAAUCUUCAAAAAUUGCUAUGGGCUGACUUCAUUAGUAUUUUUUUAAAAACAAUAUACAUACAACAUUAAAUGAAACAUUAAAUAAUAACUGAAUAAAUUUCUCUUGUUCUCAUCACUGAAGGAGUGGUAGCAUGUCUAAAAGGAAGACUUCAUCUUCAAGGCUAAGCACUCUGAUAUGACUAAGGAUAAAUAUAAUUUUCUUACUGUUAGUGAUUAAGUUUAAAAAAAAAAAAAAAGUUCCUAGGAGUCAGUACAAAGACGCAGUCUUUCUCUUUUAAUUUUUUUUUUUUUUACUAAAUCAAUUACUAAGCAUACUGGUUAAAAUAGCUUUCCAGAAACAAUGUUUAGAUUGUAAGCCUAGCAAUGCUCUGUAUGUCUUGCAAGCAUACUAUGUUUACAGUCUACACACAGAUAUUUAUUAUAUGUUUACAGGAGAACACUAGUAUAGUCAAAGCUUUCUCCUGUGUAUAUUCAUUUCUGCACUAUAAUUGGUGCUAUCUACUGCCCAAUCAUCUCUGCAGUCCCUUCUUGUUUCUGCUUUGGUUGAUUGCACUGCACUGACUGUUGUUGUCUCCUGAAGGGGGCACACAGUACAGUACAGUUCCCAGCCAUCAGGAGACCAGGACCCUCUCCCGAGCUGACCGCCACCACAAUGGAAAGGUGAGCUAAUAAUCUUCGGUUUAAUAUUUGCACAUGUUCUUUCAGAAUCCAGGCUCCUAUGUUUACAUGUAUUAAAGCUAAAGCUCUGAUAUAUUUAAUUAUGUAACCAGUUCUCUACUCAAAACUAUAAAGCAGCACCAUAUACUCCAUCAAAGCUAUGAUGAAGGUUCAGAACUUAAAAGUUUUAUGGUUCACAAUUAAAUUUAUACUUGGGGUGAUGUUAAAACUAUAAAUCAGUUAUGUAAAUUCCUUUGUUUUUAUUGACUCAUUUUAAUGCAAAUUGAAAAAAAAAAGUAUUAAGUAUUUGGAAAUUAGGAGCAAUGAGCCACAGGGUAGUAAAGCAUGACAUGCUGCUGGGGAUUCAGGUCUA